GUUCUGGAGGAGGCUGGCGGGCUCUGGAAGCUUCCACCGGACGGCUAUAUAGAGUGCAGGACGGGGCGGCGGCUAAGCCGGGGUACAGCGACAUCUGGGCGGCGGGCCGCAGGCGGGGGGCCAUGGGUAAGGACUAUUACCAGACGCUGGGCCUGGCCCGCGGAGCGUCGGACGAAGAGAUCAAGAGGGCUUACCACCGCCAGGCGCUGCGGUACCACCCGGACAAGAACAAGGAACCCGGCGCCGAGGAGAAGUUCAAGGAGAUCGCCGAGGCCUAUGACGUGCUCAGCGACCCGCGCAAGCGCGAGAUUUUCGACCGCUACGGGGAGGAAGGCUUGAAGGGCAGUGGCCCCAGUGGCGGGAGCAGCGGUGGUGCUAACGGUACCUCUUUCAGCUACACAUUCCAUGGAGACCCUCAUGCCAUGUUUGCUGAGUUCUUCGGUGGCCGAAAUCCCUUUGACACCUUUUUCGGGCAGCGAAACGGGGAGGAAGGCAUGGACAUCGAUGACACUUUCUCUGGCUUGCCCAUGGGCAUGGGUGGCUUCACUAACAUUAACUUCAGCCACUCCCGCCCUGCCCAAGAGCCCACCCGGAAGAAGCAAGAUCCCCCUGUCACCCAUGACCUUAGGGUCUCCCUUGAAGAGAUCUAUAGCGGCUGCACCAAGAAAAUGAAAAUCUCCCAUAAGCGGCUGAACCCCGAUGGAAAGAGCAUUCGCAACGAAGACAAAAUCUUGACCAUCGAAGUGAAGCGGGGGUGGAAAGAAGGGACCAAAAUCACUUUCCCCAAAGAAGGCGACCAGACCUCCAACAACAUUCCAGCCGACAUUGUCUUUGUUUUAAAGGACAAGCCACACAAUAUUUUUAAGAGAGAUGGCUCUGAUGUCAUUUACCCAGCCAGGAUCACCCUUCGUGAGGCUCUGUGUGGCUGUACAGUGAACGUCCCCACUCUGGAUGGCAGGACCAUACCCGUUGUGUUCAAAGAUGUCAUCAGGCCAGGCAUGCGGCGAAAAUUUCCUGGAGAAGGCCUCCCCCUCCCCAAAACGCCUGAGAAACGUGGGGACCUCAUUAUUGAGUUUGAAGUGAUCUUCCCCGAAAGGAUUCCCCAGACAUCAAGAACCGUACUUGAGCAGGUUCUUCCAAUAUAAUCACCUGCAUUCCCCAAGGACUGACCAGGGACCUUUCCAGAGCUCAAGGAUUUCCAGACUGUUCCACAAGUUGUGGACCCAUGAGAGGGUAGGAGGGCCCAGGAGGACAGGCUUUCGUACUGCUGAAUGUUUUCCAGAGAAUAUAUUACAAUCUUUCAAAGUGGUGCACUAGACUUCAGUAGUUUUUCAAGCAAUAGGGUGUGAAGUGAAAGGCAGUGGGGACAGCAGAAAAAGGCAUUCCAGUCCGCCCGUGGGGGCCUGCAGUCCUCCUGGGAUGGGCCCACACCCUCUUCCUCCAGGCCCUGCCCAGGGGCAGGAGGCAGCCCCGCAGUCAAACUUGAUCCCUCUGUAGUCCCUUUGCUUGUGACUGUUAGGUGGCAUCACCUGCUGUCUUGAUUAUCAGACUCUGUACACUCCUCAGUUUCUCUUGUGUGACCAGUUCGUGUUUUAUUCUGUAUUUGUCUGCUACAUCUUGUUCUUCCCCCAAAGGAUCUUGUCUUCUCUUCUGCCAUCUCAAAUUGACAACCAGACUGUAUUUGCAGAACUGCCUGGCCAGUGCUCUCAAGCAAUAAUACCUCUCCUUCCAGCAGGACCAAGGGAGCCGGCCUCAUGGGAAUGAGAGAGUUGUGCAGCUGCUUCUCUCUUGGAUGGUCAGGGGUCCUGGCCAGAGCUAGGGUCCCCCUUGACCUGGGGCUCUGAAGCUGAGUGUGCUCACGGGUCACACCCUUCGUUUCCUUGAUUGUAAGGCAAUCCUCUGGCAUACCUGAAGCAUACCAGUGGCCCAGAUAGUUUUUUGUUUAAUGGACUCUGGACUCAAUUUCAAAUGGAUCUGAUCCUUUUGAAUCUUUCACAGCCCUAGUUAUAAUCCCUUUUGAUAAAAGGGUCUUUGCUUCUGAUUACAGGAGCACUGUGGAACGUCUGUUAAUACGUUUUUAUAAUUCCGUGUAAAGUUGGCCUGCACUCAGGUGAAACCAGUCCAUGGCAGCUGCUGCUGUCUGCAUAGGACCAUGAUGGAAUUCAGAAGGAACUUUGGGAAUUGGGGCGUGGGGAGCAGGGUAGGGUUUGGAACGAGGGUCUCUUCCCUGCAGGCCAGUCCGGUGCUCAGAUCUUUAGACUUACUGUAAGUUGCCACUGCCAACAUGAGACCAAAGUGUGUGACUUGUCAGUGUGCAGCGCCACAGCAUUAAACACAGAUGCUAAAACCUCA